GAAGCCAAGGUUUCGGAUUUUUGGGUUGGUCAAAUCAGGGCCUACUGAGGACCAAUCUCAUGUCAGUAGCCAAGUCAAAGGGACACCAGGAUACAUGGAUCCUGCUUACUGUUCGAGCUUCCAUUUGACCUCAUUCAGUGAUGUCUAUAGCUUUGAUGUUAUUCUACUGCAACUUGUUGCUGCUCGGCCUGCGGUUUACACAUGCCAAAAUCGAUCCAAUUAUCAUAUCAUUGAAUGGGCAAGGCCAAGCUUAGAGCAAGGCAGCGUUGUAGAUGUUUUAGAUGCUAAUCUUCUAUCACAGCCAUGCAACAUGGAGAUGAUGCUAAAGAUGGGACAACUAGGCCUAAGAUGUGUUACGGAAGUACCCAAACAACGGCCUACAAUGACCCAGGUGUGGCGGGAACUAGAAGAGGCCCUGUAUUCAGUUGAAAACUUCAUCAACAAACAGCCCCCGAUCAGGGGUCCUGGAAGAUCAUCAAGCGGCCGCGGCGCAUCUUGUCGAUCAAUAGACCAAGGGCCGCAUACAUCAAUGGACCACGAUUUUUCUCAAAGCUUUGUGAGUGUAAAUGGCGUUGGCUUUCAGAGGUUUCAUGUGGACAUGGAUUGCCUCUCCUUUCAAAGCGCAAAAGUGGAAUGGAGUUCUCUGUUUUUAGAAAUUUAUAGAAUUGUAUUUGUGAUGAGAUAUUAG